AUGGCCGACCCCUCCCACUCCUCCCCCGCCGCCGGGGACGCCCUCCUCCCGCCGCCGGCCUCGGACGCGCCGGAGGCGCCCCUCCCCGACGCGGCCGCCGAUCUGGACAAGGAGUUCGGGUUCCAGCGCGAGGAGCUCCACACGGAGAAGCUCGCCGGGACGGUGGGCUUCCACGAGCGCCACGUGUUCCUCUGCUACAAGGGCCCCGAGGAGUGGCCGUCCCACCUCGAGGCCACCGAGUCCGACCGCCUCCCCCGCCUCCUCGCCGCCGCCAUCAAGGCCCGCAAGCCCGACCUGAAGAAGAGCACCAAACUGACCAUUUGUGAAGGAGAAGAUGGCACUGAGUCAUCUCUUGGAGACGUGUUGAUCUUUCCUGAUAUGAUCCGAUACAGAGGGCUGACCCACUUUGAUGUUGACAACUUUGUUGAAGAAGUACUCGUGAAAGAUACUGAAUGGCUUCCUGGAUCUCCUGAGGCUAUAAGAGGUUCCUAUGUUUUUGUCUGCUGCCAUGGAAGCAGGGAUAAAAGGUGUGGUGUUUGCGGUCCUGCUUUGAUUACAAGGUUCAAGGAAGAGAUUGAAGCAGAAGGUCUUGAUGGUCACGUGGCUGUUAGUGCAUGCUCACAUGUGGGAGGUCAUAAGUAUGCAGGAAAUGUCAUCAUAUUCAGUCCAGAUGCUAAGGGAGAAGUGACUGGUAAUUGGUAUGGUUAUGUUGCCCCUGAUGAUGUGCCUGAGUUACUGCACAAACAAAUUGGACAAAGAGGAGCGAUUGUGGACCGUCUAUGGAGGGGUCAGUUGGGUAUGUCUGAAGAGCAGCAGAAGCAAGCUCUGGAGCUUAGGCACAUGACGAAUGGUGUGGCUGGGGAAGAAUCAAGCGCCAAAGAAUCCCCUGAAGCAAAUGGAACUGACAGUGCACCUGCAGGUGGAUGCUGCCAGGGCAAUGGAGGAGGCCUUAGCUGCUGCCAAAGUGAUCUGCCAGAAGGAAAACAGGAUGAGAGCAUUCCAGCUGAGCAGAACCUCAGGAUCUCCAAGACAGAGAGUGUCAAAGAAAGUGUUGCCGCCAGCAAGGGUCGCAUGAAGAUUUGCCGGAUGCCCACCUGGUUCGAGACCUGGGAUAGGUCCGACACCUACACCACUCUUGCUGUUGUUGGAGCUGCUGCAACGGUGUUCGUCGCUUUCAGGGCCUACAAGACCAUGAACUGA